AUGAAACAAGAAGACAUUAAUCUCUCAUUCUCUCUCUUAUCUCACGCUCUUCUUCUUGAAACCCCAGCUGUGCUUGUAACAGAAACCUCUUCAACUGUUGUACUGGUAUACUACCAUGCCCCUCCUGAUCAAACACAGCAAAUGCUCUCAGUACAUCAGUAUGACUGGGCCACUCUCUGCUCUCAUGAGUGGAGGUUAACUGAUCACACGUCUCAUCUAUUAUCGACUGGAGGUGUAUCUAGUGAUGUUCAUGAAGAGCAGCAAGUUGGCCCUGCUUUUAGUCCCAUUUUUCUUCCUUCUCAUUUAAAAGAAGAUUAUAAUAAAAUGAGCAUUGAGUUUGGAAGAAUAUUAGCUAGUUUUGCUAAUCAGGCUUUCAAAAAUCGGAUUUUUAGAAGAAAGAUGCUGAAAGAAGAAAUUAAAAAGAAAAUGAUAUAUCAUUGGCAAUCAAGCAACAAAGAAAUGGCUACAUUAAGAGAUGAAGGUGAUUUAAUGGCCUUUCUUCGAAACCAUUGUUCUUUGUGGGAGUUUAAUGUACUAACUAGUUUAGCAGAGGAUGCAAAUAUGACUGGUAUUACAAAAGAGUUAAUUCAAUUGGAAGAGAAACGAAAAAAGCUGUAUGGCGAUAUUCUAGCAGAGGAUUUUGCAAGAAGUGCCAUUGAAUAUUGUGGUACAACUGGUAGCAGAAAGGUUACAUUUGAAGUAACAUGGCCUGUUGAUAAAGCAACACUUCAAGAUUUUAAGAAAUUUCUCCAAGAUGCCUUUAGUCGUCAAGACAUUUAUAUGUACAUUCAGUUGAGUACUGUCCACAACAGUCUACUGACGUUUGUUUGUGUGAUACCUCAUUGGCUAGUGGAGGAGACGAAGGAUUAUGUUAUGAAGAAUGGUGACCUUUUUGAGUCUAAAGGAGUAGUUGAAAUUACUGUUGAUGGCACUAUUGUAUUCAUUGUGAAACAUUCAUUGGAGCCUCAUCAGUUGUCAUUAGAGAAUGAAGAAAAGGAGAAAGAAUCAUUGCAGCAGAGUGAGGAGGAAGCAAAAGAAAAAUAUAUGGAUCAGUUUUAUACACAAGAAGACAACAGAUCUAGUGAAGGAUAUGCUUGUCUGAUAUUUUAUGAAAAGAAUUCUUUUAUAUAUUUCACUGCUGUACCAGUUAAAAUGCUGACUGCUCUUCUUGAGUACAUCAAAGAUCAUCAUUGUUUUGCUGAAGUUGGUCCAAUUCAUUAUUUUCAUUUCAAAUGGUCCAAUUGUUUUAUUGAAUUGAAUUUUAAUGAGAAACCAUCAGCUGGUUGGACUGUCAUUCCAUUAAUUAAACCUUGCAGGUUAUAUCAAGAGGAUAUUGAUUCAUUUGAUGGAACUGAUGGGUCUAUUCCUUCAUAUUGUUUCAUAUCAUUUCAAGGAUCACCUGAUGCUGUCCCUACACUACACUACUCAGUACAACUGGUGGGUGUGGCUGAUCCUGUUACAUUAUUUAUUCAUAGAACAUUGAAAAGCAAUGCUCCACCAGCUGAAAAGAAGGAGCUGUCAGAAGGAGUUUCACAAAUACUAAUGCUAUUGAAAGAACAAAAACAACUAGAAUCAUGCAAGUUAUUUCAUUAUGAUGUGUCUAAAUUAGAAAUUGCCCUUCAACCAAUGGCAGAUCUUUGGUAUCAGUUAGGGAAUCAGUUGAAUGUUGAAGUAGAGGAAAUACAAGAAACAAAAGACACAAAGGAACAAAUGAGAUCUUUAUUACAACUUUGUUCUGAUACAGGAGUGACAAUGAUGCAAUUGGAGGAAGCUUUAGAAGCGCUAGACCAAAAAAACCUAAUACCUGGUUUGCAGGAAUUAUCAAAAGAGCUUGAGCCAGAUGAUAAGAAAGAGCAACAACUUAAAUUUGAGACUAAAGCUGAUGAAUGGAAAAGUAUAGUUGCUAGUCAUAUAACUGAACUAUUAGAAAGAAAGAAACAAAUAGAGGAACAACAUUUCAAGGAGAAACAGAUCACUAAAAAACUUAAAAGAAAAGUUGCUGAUAAUGAGAGGUAUAUUGCCAAACUAUUGAAGGAGAGGGAGCAACUGCAAGAGAGAGCCACAUCCUUAGAUCAUAUAGAGAAACAGCUUACUGAAGAUUAUGAGAAACUUAAAGCUACAGUUAGUGAUAAAGAAGCAUAUAUAACUGAAAUAGAAGAAGAGAAAAAACGAUUAGAGGAAGAAAAGGAGCAAGCAGAGAAAGAAAAGGAGCAAGCAGAGGAAGAUAAUAGACAAUAUCUCAAGGAGAAACAGAUCACUGAAGAACUUAAAGCUAAAGUGUCUGAUAAUGAAUUGUAUACUGCCAAACUAAUGAAGGAGAGGGAGCAACUACAGGAGAGAGUUACAUCCUUAGAGGAACAACCUAUGACUACAAAUAAUUUGGAAAGUUUGAGCGAGUCCCAAAUAGCAGAGAGGAAGUUGCACACGCCCGUGCACGUUCCGCGCGUUCACGUGCUUAAUUGGUUCAGCGUGCGGAACGAUCCGCAGCAAUCCGCACUGAUCCGCAUUCUAGUAACGCCUUCCAAAAAUCCUGGCUACGCCACUGCAAGAAUAAUUAGAAGAUACCAUAUCAGUGACUUGGGAAAAGUGUGGGCUAAGCUAGAACAGGGAGAGUUUUCUACGCGCAACUGGAGACAAUUUGGAUUGAAAGCUGGUCUCAAGAACGAUACGCUUGAGACUAUAGAAGCUAACAAAACUAAUGUUGAGGAUCGUUUUGUAGAGUGUUUGUCUUGCUGGUUGAGGAGAGAGGAUGAUGUUGAUAGUAAAGGAAAGCCAUCAUGGAGGAGAUUAGUUGAGAUAUUAGAGGAACUUGGAGAACGAACUUUAGCAGACAAAAUUAGAGCAGCUAAUGGAGAUGAGUCAGAGGAAGAGGAGGAGGAGGAGCAACAGGAACAAGCAGAAGAGGAAACUGAGGAGGAAGUGGAAGAUGGUAAUAGUGAUUCAUCCAGUGAUUCUGAUUAUACUGAUGAUCCACCAGGAGGUAGCAGUGGAGGACAAAGAGAGUCUACUAGUAAUGAGGGAGUAGAGGAAGAGGGGGAGACUGGAGGUCAGCCAUUACAUGAGAAAGGAAAUGAAGAGCAAGAUGAAAGAGUAGAAGAGUCAAAGGAUCGUGAAGAACCACAGCAUGAAGAAGCAAUUGCUCCAAUACCUUGUACUGAGAUUAGUUCAGAUGUUAACAAUAAAGCUGUAGUUUUCACUGGUAUAGAAGAGAACAUUGCUUACGCUGGACAGCUUUAUUAUGAGGAGAAAGGAGCUAAAGAUUUAGUAAUAUUUAUUGCUGCUAAAGAUCUCAAUGCACUUUCUGAGUUUAGCAAAAAAUCCUAUUCUAAUGCUGAAGAAGGGCAAGGUUGUCAAUUUCGUAUCAAAAAUAUUGAUGGAUGCAUGGAAUUAAAUUUUUAUGCACCUCAAAAAAAACCAUUCACUGGUUGGAGUAUUGAGCCUCACCUUAAGCCUUGUAGAUUUCUACGUUGUGAUGUUGAUAAGUUUGGUGAAGGUAAUGUUUCUGAUCCUCCAUCUUGUCUGGUAUCAGUGUAUGGGUCACCUGAUGCUGUUCCUACACUACAUUACUCCGUACCACUGGUGGGUGUGGCUGAACCUGUUACAUUAUUUAUUCAUAGAACAUUGAGAAUGGCUCCUUCAACAAUACAUGAAUCAACAUUAGUUUCAUCCACUGGAGGAGCUAGAUCAUCAGCUACUAUUGAUGUCAAUAAAGUAAAGAAAGAGAUCAGUGAUGUUCUUGUAUCUCAUGUUGCACUCAAUUCGUUGCCUAAGACGUCUCUCUCAGAUCUUGCGAGUCAGUUAUAUACAGCUCAUCUUAUUAGUGAUGAAGUCAGAGAGACUUGUAGCAUGGAAAAGUUCAUUACAGAGUUUAAGGCUAGUCUUAGUUUUAAAAGGAAGUUGCCUCAAGUGGAGGAGCACUGCCAAAAGUUCAUAAGCUCAUUUAUUGCU